UUUAUAAAUUGAUUAUAAUUCCAGUAAGUUUGUGAUUAUGACUGAUGUGUGAAUUUGUCCUGUUCUCUGAGUGGUCCUUGCUUGCUGCCUUCCCAUCCUCAAUCACACCUGUCUUGUUCUUGCAGCCCCUGAAGAAGAUAUCCCCGAAACUGAAUCCCAUCGCAUGACAAUUGAGGUCCAGCAGGUCCCAAAACCUGAAGAGGUGACACGCGAUAUUCACACGACACAGCUGCAUAUACAGAAGGAACCACAAGUUGAUACACCUUUUGAUAUGACAGAGGAAACACGGUUCAAGGAAUCUAUUGAACUAGAUCAUCAGGGACCCAGAGUCCAACAGCCUCAAUCAGUCACUGUGGUUACACAACCAACAGUCACACAUCCAGUUUCCAUGGUAACGCAGAAAGGAACCAUGGUAAUGACUGAACCAACAACUCAAUUUGAAAUUCAGAUAGGGUUUCCACAGCAACAACAGCCAAGGCCAACCUCCACGGUUACCACGGAGACAACCACUUUUACAACAACCACAACAACGCAGGAAGUAGUUGAUGUGGAGAGCUAUCCAAAUAUUGUGGAAGGCGGAGAAUUCCACAAGACCUCAAUGGUGGUGACUUCCCAAGAAGAACCCCAACCUCUCAAACUCAUUGAGAUUCAAAAACUUCCGACUGAAGAUGUUUUAUCUGAGACAACAAGCAUCAUCACCAAAGAGAUGCGUACAAUCACUCAAGAACCGGAGGUGUCUGAAUCAGAGGAGAGACACUCCGAAACUAUAGAGAUUCAGCAUGACAAACCACAGGAAGUACAAUUUGAGAUCAGUCUACCAGACCAACAAACAAUCACAAAGACAGAGAAAAAGCUGACCACUCAGACUCAACAGGAGAGACGGACUUCAGUUCAGAAAUAUGAAGUUGAGAUCCAGGAGAAAUUCAUGGUACAAAAACCACAUGAGAUACACAUCCCCUUCAAAGGUAAGAGUGAGGUGGAGUUUGACAUUGUUGAUGGUGCCGAACCAAAAGAUCUACCUUGUCCUACAGAAGAAAAGAUUGAAGUAAUCAGACCAACAUUGGAGGUGGAAAAGAAACCGGAGCCAAUUGUGGAGGAGGAAAUUCCAAGGGAAGAGAAAACUAAGCAGGAAGUUCAUGUUGAAUUUCCGGUUGAGGAAACACCAACGGAGGAAUCACCUGUCCAGAAAACUCCUGUAGAAGAAUCCCCUGUUGAGGAAACUCCAGUUGAGGAAACCCCUGUUGAGGAAACUCCAGUUGAGGAAACCCCUGUUGAGGAAACUCCAGUUGAGGAAACCCCUGUUGAGGAAACUCCAGUUGAGGAAAUUCCAGUUGAGGAAACCCCUGUUGAGGAAACCCCUGUUGAGGAAACUCCAGUUGAGGAAACCCCUGUGGAGGAAAUGCCUGUUAUGGACAUAUCUGUUGAAACAACUUUAGAAACAACAGCAAUAUCUGAGGAAACUAAACAAGAGGUUCAAACUUUUGUCAUAGAAACUGAAGUUCAGAAAACUGACAUCAUUGAUUCACAGGAAACACAUCUAGAAGAAAUCACAUUUGACCUCAAAGGUCGACCUAAAGAGGAAGUAACAUUUUCCAUUGAUAUACAGGGGGAUAAACCAGUAGAGGAUGUACCUGUUAAAGAAGUAAAAGAGGAAACUCACCAUGAAGAAAUUACUUUCCAACUUGUUGACCAACCUCAAGAUAUUGAAGAGACAACUCCAAAGCAAGUUGAGGCUCUCGAGGAGUCUGCUCCUGAAGAACAGGUGUCUGAAGUGGAGACUGAUGCACCUGCUCAACCAGUGAUAAUGACAGAACGCGAGACCAUUCAGGUUACGCAACUAGAGGCUGAAACACCAGCUCCUCUACAGCCAGUAGAAGUUACACAACGUGCUGUCAUUGAACAUAUUAAAGAACCAGAAUCUGAAACAGGGGCUCCUGAAGAUAUUUUAGAAAUUUCUCAACGUGAAACUAUUGAGAUAAUUCGUGAACCAGAGGCUCCAGAGGAGGUGAUUCAGAUUGAUAUUAAUAUUUCUGAACAACUGCCAGAAGUUACAACCACCACUGAAACAGAGGAAUCAAGAAUUACCAAAGAAGUGACAUUUGAAAUCCCCCAGGGUGAGGAAAGCUAUCAGGAAGAAAUGGUCAUUAAUGUUAAAAAUGAACCCAUGGAGGAAGUACAUUUCUCUCUACAGGUGGAACAGACAGAAGAGUCUGUCCCACAAAUAGAGGAAGUCUUGCAGGAUGUAGAAGUAGUCAAAGAAGAAAUCACAGAGGUUGUUAAACUUCCUGAACUUGAAGAUACUCAGAAAGAGGAGGUUGCUCUGCAAUUUGAGGAUCAGCCAGAUGAGGCUGUAGAACUUACUCUGCACAUUUCUGACUCAGGUAUUUCUGAGAUUGAAGAGACAAGGAUAACAGAGAAGUCAGUAAAUAUUGAAGAAGAAUUCAGGUUUCAACUUCCGGCAGUCACUGAUUCAUCGACUGAGGAAGUAAUAUUAGAGGUGAAAGACCAGCCAUCUGAAGAAAUUGUUUCCAUGACGAUAGCUGAUCAGGAGAUUGAAGUGCCAGAAUCUGAUGCCGCAGUCCCUGUGGAACAGGUUUCAAUGGAAACUGAAGAGGUGUUCCAACUUCCUGUCCUGCAACAGGAAGAGGAUAAGGAGGUUGUCAUGGACACGGAAGAGACACCUGGUGAGGAGAUUCAGUUCAGCAUAGAAUUAAAAGAGGAUACCUCUCCUUUUGUUGUAGAGGAAGUCACUCAAAGAAAGAUGUCAAGAACAGAAGAAAUAACCACUGAGGAAGUUUCCACAGCUGAUGACACAAUCACUGAAGAAAUUACUCUACAGAUUGAGGACAUACCUGAGGAGGAAAAUGAGAUAAUAGUCCAAGUAGGUGAGACGGAAACAAACCUCAUUGAAGAAAUCACAAGAACAGAAGAGGUAAUUGAAGAACCACAGAGUUUUACAUUCCAACUGGCAGAGAUAGAUGAGACAACAUCUGAAGAAACACCGCUACAAGUUGAAGAAACACCAGGUGAGGAAGUGGAGCUCACAUUCCAGAUCAGUGAUGACCAGAUGAUGCCCCAAAUACAGGAAUCACAGGAGUCGGAAACAACAACUAACACCACUGAGGAAAUCACCUUCCAGGUUUCUGACCUUGAACUUGGAGACACCACCACUGAGGAAAUUACUUUUCAACUGACAGAACAACCUCAAGAAGAAAUUGAACUUACCCUUGAGAUGCCUGAACAUGUCAAAGAGAUAACAAAGAUUGUUGUAACUGAAGAGGAGAAAAUCACGGUUCCAGAGGCAACUACUACUAGAGAAAUCUUUGCCGAUAUAGAGAUCCCGGAAGGUGACCUUGCCCCAGAUUUUACAUGGGGUUUGACUUCUCUCAAGGUUAUGGACGGAGAAGAGGCCAAAUUUCGUUGUGAAGUUGAAGGCCAUCCUAUGCCGGAGAUUUCCUGGUUCCAUGAUGACAAACCGAUUACAGAGAACCAGGACUUCAAACUGACCUAUAACACAGGAAGCGGUGCUUGUACUCUCCUUAUCGUCGAGGUAUUUCCACAGGAUGCAGGAGAGUACACUUGUAUCGCCGUGAACAAAUAUGGAAAGGCUAUAACGCGUGGCUAUCUCGAGGUUGAAUGUGAGUAGUUUCUACAAAUAUUCUUAAACUGAUGUUGACAUAAAUGAUCUUAGUUGCUGAAACCUUCGCCAUUCUUGACUAGGACUUUAUCACUACACAAUUACAAAUGAAGAACUUCAAAUGUAAACGUUUAAACUAAGAAUGCAGCUAUUUCCAAUAGUUGAAUACUUUGUGUGUUUUUGACUUGGGUGUGAUUUUGAGGUUAUGAAAAUUGUAAACUUAGCCCUGUCUGUAUCAAAUACUUAAGUAUUCCUUGAUGAAAAUUUCCCUUAUGUUCCUUGUUGGAUUUUAUAUUCGACGGUAUUCCCUGGAUGAGAUUUUCCUAAAUUCACCUCUAUGGUAUAAGUAUUCUGGUAUUCUGAAACAAUUAUUGACCUUGUCAUUUGUGGAUUUCUGAAAAAGGGAGAAAAACUUUCUAGGUCUUCAAAAUAUUAGGAUUCAUUUCUGUUUUGACUGAAUAUCAAUUUAAACUUUUUUUGAAGUACAUUUGGUAGAAAUAAUUUGUAGAUUAAUGAUAUUUGAUACUGAAUGUUUGGUGACAAGUAAUUCAUUCUGCAACUCUAGCUAAAGUGUUAGUAAUAUCUAUUUACAUGUUGACAAAUUGAUUAAUCCUCAAAUGCAUGUGUUCACAAUGUUAAGUAUGUCCUUUUUCCAAAUGCAUUGUUCUCUUUUAGAGGAUUAAUCAGGAUUUGUUGAUUUGUGAAAUUGAUAUUAAAAAAUGUUUUGAGUAGAUUUGCAAAAUUUUGUCCCGUUUAAGAAACAUGGUUUUUGAUUUGUUUACUAACACAAAUGUUUGUAAAUUCACCCACCACCUGACUAACCCAUUGUUGAUCAUACAUAUUUGAUUCACGCUUUUGACUCCCAAGCUCUCCUCCU